AUGUCGGUGAACGGAAGCGUGGAUGGCGAUGUUUUUGCCUCGGAGGAGUUCAAUGGUGCUCAGUGUAAGUUUUAAGCUAAUAUAUAUUGAACUUGACCGUCAAUGAAAAUUCUUUGAAUUUUAGUUGUUAAUGACAUUCUCAACAACUCCCGACCCGGUGAGGAAGUAAAGAAACUCCACAAGCUCAAAUCCAAGCUCAAUGCCGAAUCGAAUACGGCCUCGGAACAGGUCAAGGAUAUUAUCUUUGAUCACUAUCGGCAAUUUAUUGAUACCUCAAAGGAAGUUGCUUGUAAGUUUAUAUUACCCAAUUUUCUUCAGCUUUUAGCAUUGGAACGAGAGAUAUACGAGCUUUCAACCUUGCUGACUGAUCAAAAAGCCUUGAUCGAGAAUUUGAUGGACCUUUGUGGGCAGGAAAAAGGCUCCAUCUGUAGUGUUUCGUUGCAUUCUGGUAAUAAUAAUCAACAGAACCCUCUACAAUUGCUGAUGCAUAAAGUUGAAGGGAUUGCGGUGAGUAUUGUAUUUAUUUUUGUUGGUUUUUAGAUCGAUUUGUUUAUGAGGGACCUAGUUUGGUGAAAGUCAUACGAUUUGAUGUAUAAACCAAUUUUAAAAUGUCAUAAAUACGCUGUUUAUGGUAAAAUACGGCUGCAGUAAUCGACUGCACAAAAGAUGAGAGAAAAUCGUCGCUAUUCACCUUAGUUUGAAUACCUGCUAUUACCUAAAUUAAUAUCUGUAAUUUCAGGACGAAUUAAACCGCCUGAAGCCCAACGAGAAGAUCAUUUUGCAAUCUGAAUUUACCUUGCUAUCUGAAAAUACGAUGGAGCCGGUCCACACUGUCUUUCUUGUACUCCUUUCCGAGACUUUUUUCAUCUGCUACCCUAGCAAUAAUCCCAAGAUGAAAUUCACCUUUUCCUCAGCACAUCGACUCGAUUCUGUAGCUGUUGUGAACGUAAAAAGAGCCGCAAUUGAGAAUCCAUUCGCUGAAUUGAUCAUGCAGCUGAUGAUUUUUCCGGAGCAAUUGUAUUUGAAAUGUGAUUCCCCGAGAUUGAAGAAACAAUGGCUGGAAGGGAUCGAAAAUGCCAAAAGGGCUUUGGAGAAGGAGAAAAAUCUGCAUCGCCAGGCUACUAUUAGAGGUUUGAAGGGGAUUUGAGGGCAUAUUGGGUCAGAAAAUUGGAUUAUUUAACUAUUUUUUGUCAUGGAUAAUAUAAUUUUUGUCGAUCUUAUCACAUAUUAUGGUUGUUUACGCCCCGGUAGGAUUCUAGGAGGAAAUUGAAGACAAAAAACACUACUAUAAUCAUGUUUCAUCCAUUUUUUGCUCGAUUUCUCUUAUGGAUAAUAUAAGUUUUGUCAAAAAAUCCCACUAAAAUCCUAUUUUCAGCCAAAAGAAGAAAGAGUUCGGCCGCAGCACACCCCUUGGACCCUCGAGAUCGCCUCUCCGGCAUCAAAUCCCAGAAUUCCGAGGCCAUUCAGGAGGAGGAUCAAGAGAAAAUCGAGGCUGAUAUGGAAUGGCUGAGAGGGUUGGAAAACGAUCUGCAAGAGGAGAUAAGCCACAGACACAUGGAAGAUGCUGUAGAUUUACUUAUGGACGCCAAACAAGCCAAAUGCACGGAUCCGGAGCUGAGCGCGAGAAUCGCUUCGUAUGAAAAACAGAUCAUAAAAAUGCUGAGUGAUGAGGUAAGUGGAUAAAUUUUGAUGGAGAUGGGGAAGAGGUGUAAUAAGUGGACUGAGAUAGCGUUUGAGGAUUAGAGAUUUCAGGUAGACCGAUUUUUUUGGCAAAAAAAUGUUGUGUUACCUUGUGUAAUAUAAUUUUUGGCUAACAGGGACAGUACCCCAAGUGCGACGCUCAGAUUUUGAUGAAACUUGGCACAAAUUUAGAAUAUUUUUUUCUAAGAUAUAUGCGAGAAUCCUAGCUCUCGCUUUGCAGAAACAACCGAGAUUUUUAGAUCGAAAGUUGGCGAAAAUUUGACACUUUUUGCGGAAUUUCGGCACGAAAAGUUUAAUGCCUGUUUCUACCAUAGAGGGUAAUGUUUCCACAAAAAAUCGAUUUUUCCGCACAAAACUAGCAAAGUUAUGAUCAAAAAGGGGGUUUCUCUCUGACCGCCCUCCGCGUUUUGUGUACUCUCUCGCCGGAAAAGAUCGUUCAAUAUUUUGGCGACGCUUGCAAAGCGCGAGCUAAAACUUUCAGGAAUUGAUACUUAGUUCAUGGCCGACGUUUGUGAAAAAACUAAAGAAAAUCUGAGCGUCGCACUUGGAGUACUUCCCCUGUAAAUUUGACAUUCAACUAUGUCACAAGGAUAUUACCGAUAAAUUUUUUCAGAUCAAACGUCCGGGAGCCCUUCACGGAGGCGCCAAGGCCCUCCAUCGGCCGCUAACCCUCCUAAAAACACUUGGCCGAUCCACCUAUGCCAUUGAUUUGUACCUAAAAAGAAGGAGUUCGGCCCUCAGCCAAAGAGCCCGCGAGUUCACGAUCAGUGAAGAGCCUUUGUCCUACGUCCGACAUGUCUCAACAGUUUUCAUCAGCGCCAUUUUGGAAGUGAUUAAAGAAUUCAAAUCCCAAAUUGAUGACUAUUGUUUGGUGGUCCAAUGGGCAUGCUCGGAACUCUCAUUGCUGCUGUCGUUGAUCCGAAGGCAUGUCCUGGAAGUGGCUCCCACAAUGGCCGUCCUAACCAAUGCUUGGAGAAUUUUGGCGGGAGAAUUGGAGGUCCUCAGAUAUGAAGGUUUGGACCUCUCGUUUGAAGUAAACAGGUUGUUGGCACCAUCGCUGAGAACUGCAUUAGAAGGAAACUUUACUAAUAUCAUAGAAUCGACACGGCUGAGGAUUCAGGUGAGAGGGUUUGGGCGAAAAUGGGAGUUUGUUUAUAUUGUAGUAGAUGGGAUUGUCGGAAAUUGAUGGGUAUCUUGGUAGAGGCUGUUGAUAGAGCUGUGGUAUUUUUAGUACUCAAUCUUUGUUUUGUUUGGUAUCUCGUGCCGAAUUUUGAAUGAAUUCUGAAUGUAGAAUUUGGAGUAAUUAACAUGGAUAUUGUAGUAGGUAGAGGUGACAAUAAUUUUGGAAUAUCUCAGUUGGCCUUGUAACUUUGGUUUUGGAAUUGUUGGAGAUUGUUUUGCAGAGUAUAUUGGGUGUGGAAACUUAAUUUGAGGGCAUUUUAUGAGAUGUUUUGAAGUAAAUUAUUUUAGAUGGUAUCGAUAAUAAUUUAGUCCCAGUUUUUUCUAUUUUUAUAAAUUUUUUGUUAAUACCUAUUAAUUUUCAGGAAGAACGUUGGCAGCCCUUCAAUUUGGAAACCGAAUCCAACCUGAAUCGCUACCUGGAAGAGAUGUCUGACCUUGGUUUAUGCAUUGACUGGGCCAUCCUCCCACAUCAGCCCAAUUCCUUGAGUAUUUCGCAAAGUGGAUGCGAAUUCGCGAGAGUUGCAAGGUCGCUGAGCCGAGAUCUGAGUCUGUUGAAAUCCUCAGGCCAUCUGAGGGAAUUAUCCAUCGAUUUUAUUCGGACUUUGUGGUCAGAUUACUGCGAAUUGUUGGCCCAGCCAAUCAAUAAUGAAGUCCACAACUUCACCUGCAAAUUUAUUGUGAAUCAAGUGGGUUUUGAAGAGAUUUUCUCUCGGAAAUUUGAAGAUUUAUGAGAGUUUUGACAAUUUUUUGUCAUGGAAAAUAUAUUUUUUUUUCAAAAUGAUAUUUUUAGUUGAUCCCAUUGUGUGAAGAGAUCUACCGCGAAGAUUUGAUCCGGAUCCUACUGCAGAAACGAUUCCCCAUCCUCCUAAAAUACGUGGAUCGCCCGCUGGAAAGAUUGGAUUCCCAUGAAGAGGAAGAUGUCUGA